CCGACAAAAAGUAAUAAUAACCUCUUCUACACCAAUUAAUACAGCACGUGAUACACAAUGCAAUUUGGAUUUGUUAUGUUGGCAACAUGAACUCGACUCUUGUCGUUUCCACCGAACCUCAACUGAACGCUACCCUAAAAUUUUGUAGGGUAGAGUUCAACUAAACCUUUGGCGUUUCCACCGUACAAGCGCUGACCCCAACCCGACUCUAACCCGACUCUGACCUGAUUUGGACUCUCGAUGGAAACGUAGUCUAUGAAAAAUACAGUACUAUUACUAUGGUCGAUUCGCUAAAACUGCAAUAUUUCCCAGUUUUCGUUCGUUUUGCGCAUGUCGACUUUAAUUGGUUCAAACAUUCUUUGUAACACGCAUGUGUAUUGUGAUGUUUGUAAUUCCGAGCGUAUAUACUUCGUGAUCAUUUAUUUUAUAUACCUUUUAAAUUAUCAAUUUUUCUUGUAUAUACAUUUUUAUCCACUAUGUAUAUGACUAACUGAGUCGAAAGCGUAUUAUACUGUAUAAGCUAAAACAUAGUACAUAUAUAAUACGUGAAUUGGGUACUAUUGGUACUGAUUAGUAUGUACUAUGUUUUAUUUCAAAAUAUAUUGUUGGCAAGAAUUUACAUAUAACAUUUAUCUUGUAAAAUUACCAAUGUGACAUUUCAACACUCAACUGAAAAUUUUAACAAGGAUAACUAAAAAAUAAGUUUUAAUACUUAAAUAUUAAAAUAUAUAGUUUUAAAAAUUACUGCAGCAUGCUUUUGGCAACAUCAACAUCGCCAAAAAAUUUCUCAGUUAAUGUUAUAAGUCUUGAAGGAAAUAUUACAGAUGUUACUGUAAAUGCAGAUUUUACUAUAGAGAAAAUCAAAAUAAUUGUAAUAAAACAUUUCUAUGGUAAUGAUAUAGCAAAAACAUCAUCUCAAUUCCGUUUAAUUCAUUCAUCUAAGUUUAAACAACUUGUAGAUACUAAUAGUGUAAAUGAUGAAGAAAUUAAUGAACACGAUGAAUUGAUGUUGAUGAGAAUUCGUCCAGUAAGGAAAGAAAAUUUAUCUGAAGAUACUUUAAAAGGUCCAAGUGAAGAAGCAAUAAUGCAAGCCACAAAUGAUUUACCUAUAUGUAAUCCACAUCAACAUAUUUCAUCUGCUUAUUGCUCCGUAGAUUUUCAGAAUGAAAUCCGGAAAAUUUUGAUAACUCUUGUAAAAGCAUCAGCAAAAAUUUUAAUGUAUAGUUCAAACAUAGAAAAAUUCUAUGAAAUUUUGAAAGACAAAUUAGAAGCAAAAUGUAAACCUACUAUUGAUCCAAAUACUGUAAAAGUUCUUAUGGAAAUGGGUUACUCUCAUAAAAGAGUCAUAAAAGCUCUCUGUUUACGAAAAUCAAAUAUAUCAGAAGCAUUAGAAUGGUUGAUAGAACAUCAAGAUGAUUCAGACAAUGAUGAUGAUUUACAUUUUUUAAUUGAAAAAGACAAUGAUAAAGUUGUUGCAGGAUCUAGUUUAUCUAACAGUACAAGAAGAAGGUCAUUAAAAGAGAUGUGCAUUGAAUUAUUUAAAGCAGUUGUACAACCACCAGUUACAUUAUUUAUGGGAAUUGAUAAAUUUGAAAAUGAAGAUCUUAUAAGAUGGGGUUGGCCGGAAGAUGUUUGGUUUCAUGUGGAUAAAUACUCAUCAGCACAUGUAUAUUUGCGCCUGAAUUUUGGGCAAACAAUAGAUGACAUACCCAGUGCAGUUUUAGAGGAUGCUGCACAAUUGGUAAAAGCAAAUAGUAUUGAAGGAAAUAAAAUGAACGAUAUUGAUGUAGUAUACACAAUGUGGUCUAACUUAAAAAAAACUCAGGGUAUGGAUGUAGGUCAAGUUGGUUUUCACAAAGACAAAGAAGUUCGUAAAAUUCAUGUUGCAAAACGCAUAAGCACUAUUGUUAAUCGAUUAAAUAAAACAAAAAAAGUAGAACAAGUCAAUUUUAGAGCAGAAAGAGAAAAGCGAGAUCGAAUUGAACGUGAAGAUAAAAAGAAACUUUUGAGAGAGCAAAAAGAAAAAGAAAAAGCAGAAGAGAAACGGUUAAAAGAAGAAGCAGAAAUGAGAAGUUACAAUUCCUUGUUUGAUACAUGUAAUAUGACAUCAAACACAGAAAACACUGGAUAUGACUCGGAUGAUUUUAUGUGAUGAAAUUACUUGUAUUUAUAAUUUAUGUCUAAUUUACCAAAUUUUGAGAGGUGAAAUAAUAGAAAAAUAUUUCUGAAACAAAGAAGUUUUACAAUUUGAAGGUUUAUAAUUUUUCAUCAUUUAAGAAAACAAUUUAUUGAGCUUUAUAGAAAAAAAAUUAUGAACUUUAAAAUGUUUCAAUUGUGUCAUAUAUCAGUAUUAAUAGCAGUGAAAUAUUUUUGGAACACUCUAUGCGUGGAUAUAAAUGGAAGAAGGCGCUCUUUUAGAAGGAAGAAAGUGAGAAAUGGAUUGAACAGGGAAAAUUUCGAAGGAGAAAGAAGAUGUGAAAAGACCUAAGGCUUUGGGCACAUCUGAAUAAAUCUAUGGGUAGGAAUAUAAUCGAUGGUGAAGAAAGAUUAUUUAUUAGUAGGAACCUUGUAACUGUCAGUGGAGAAUUAGUUAUUACUGUAAUAAACUAUUAACAUUUA